AUGUCGUACACGUGGGCGGCUGGAGAGGCCGAGCUGGGUGCUCGCCUGCCGCUGUUACUGCACCUGUUCACUGCUGGCAUCUUCCAGAACGACCGGCUGAACGUCUGGCUUCAAGCGUAUACAUGGGCGGACGGGGAAGCCGAGCUGGGUGCUCGCCUGCCGCUGUUACUGCACCUGUUCACUGCUGGCAUCUUCCAGAACGACCGGCGAGCAGCAGAGGCAGCUGUCUUCUGCAGCCCGCUGCUGUAUAGCGUCACCAUAGUACUCGUGCAACACUAUGAGCUGGGCGACUGGUGCGCGGCGGCGUGCGACGGGCUUCAAGCGUACACGUGGGCAGGCAGGGAGGCCGAGCUGGGUGCUCGCCUGCCGCUGUUACUGCACCUGUUCACUGCUGGCAUCUUCCAGAACGACCGGUGUAGCGGCAGUCGCUGCAGCCUGCCGGGCUCCGAGCUGGCCGCUCUCGCCAGCGGGUGCUGCCGCGCCGCCGCCGCCUGGCUGCCGCCCGCGCAGCUGUCGCACGUGGCGCGCGCGGCGCUGCUGCGGGCGCCGGGCCUGCCGUGCGACCAGCUGGCCGCUCUCGCCAGCGGGUGCUGCCGCGCCGCCGCCGCCUGGCUGCCGCCCGCGCAGCUGUCGCACGUGGCGCGCGCGGCGCUGCUGCGGGCGCCGGGCCUGCCGUGCGACCAGCUGGGCCACCUGCUCCGCGAGCUCGGCGUCAUCUGGUGGGAGGUGCGCAGCGGCCUCAAAGGCCCCGACGAUAGAUACGCAGCGUAUGCGCCGCACGUGGCACAGCUACUGUCAGUGCUUCACAGGGCGUUCGUCGCUGCUGCGGUGCAACUGAGCUACGCGCCUGAGAGAGUGGCAGCACUAGCGUGGUCGAGCCUGCUAGAGGCGUGGUCGGCGUGGGUGGUGCCGCACGCCGCGACGCCGCUGCUGCCAUCCACCGGCGAGCGGGAGCACUACACGUGCAUGCUGCGGGCCUUCCACGAAGCCGCGCUGGAGGUCAUGGCUGACUGUCCUGGCACAGAAGAGCACCUCCUCUGCCAGAUAUUCGAGUGGGCGGUGCAGACGUGCGCGAGCGUGCAUAGCGCGCCCAACCAAGAAAGCCGCGGGCAGGCGUCCGCUCUGCUGGCGGAGCUGGCGCGCGGCCCUUGGCGGAGCCACCAGUGGCUGCGGGCCAGCAGUCUGCAGGCCUUGCUGCAGGUGUGCCACCUGCGCGACCGAGAGCUUAACGACUGGUGCGCGGCGGCGUGCGACGGGCUUCAAGCGAACACGUGGGCAGGCAGGGAGGCCGAGCUGGGUGCUCGCCUGCCGCUGUUACUGCACCUGUUCACUGCUGGCAUCUUCCAGAACGACCAGGUGAGUGCCGCUAUUGUACUACCAUAGGUGUUAUUCCGAAGCGAGUUACGGACAGCAGCUUCCAGUAUAUUUUCAACUGCAACGCGACUGGACUACGAACGAAAUUCAGCUAUUUGCACAAAUUCGUAUCGCGGUGUAUGUCGCUUUGACUUGACACGUAGGUCAAACGAAGUUGUAACGUAAACGGAACGCAACUGCGUUUUCACGUACAUUGUUUUAGUGAAAAAAUAAGGUGUUCGGACUUUUAAUGGAAAGUACUUAAAUCCGUUGUUUCGUCUUUGUUUGCUCGUUACCUUUACCGCGAUACCGAAUUGCACACCUGCUGGAAUGAAAACGGAGCGUAACUGGAGUGCAGACUAGAGUUGAAACACAAAGGAAUUGGAGACAUUACAAAUCAGCGCAAUCGGGGCGCUGUCUUCUACGGCCCGCUGCUGUAUAGCGUCACCAUAGUACUCGUGCAACACUAUGAGCUGAGCGACUGGUCCGCGGCGGCGUGCGACGGGCUUCAAGCGAACACGUGGGCAGGCAGGGAAGCCGAGCUGGGUGCUCGCCUGCCGCUGUUACUGCACCUGUUCACUGCUGGCAUCUUCCAGAACGACCGGGUGAGUGCUGCUACUGUACUACCAUAGGUGUUAUUCCGAAGCCAGUUACGGACAGCAGCUUCCAGUAUAUUUUCAACUGCAACGCGACUGGACUACGAACGAAAUUCAGCUAUUUGCACAAAUUCGUAUCGCGGUGUGGCUUUGACUUGACACCUAGGUCAAACGAAGUUGUGACGUAAACGGAACGCAACUGCGUUUUCACGUACAUUGUUUUAGUGAAAAAAUAAGGUGUUCGGACUUUUAAUGGAAAGUACUUAAAUCCGUUGUUUCGUCUUUGUUUGCUCGUUACCUUUACCGCGAUACCGAAUUGCACACCUGCUGGAAUGAAAACGGAGCGUAACUGGAGUGCAGACUAGAGUUGAAACACAAAGGAAUUGGAGACAUUACAAAUCAGCGCAAUCGGGGCGCUGUCUUC